AUAAAAGGGCAUAGAUUGGUUGAUAUUUGGAAGGCAUAGAGCAACCGAAGAAAGAAAACGAAAAUGGAGAAAGGAGAAGUGAAUUGGAGUGAGGACGUAGAGGAUCUGGUGACGGCCGGAGACACGCAAGCCGCAAUCUUUCCAAAACCUCCUUCCCGAACUCCAAGCGACGUCGUCGUCUCUGGACGACCUCCGGAUAGCAAAGUCACAGCCCCUAAGAGACGGGGAAGGGAAACAUUUUCUUAUAGAAAAAGUAAAUUGUAUGGUAAAUGGCUCUCUGAGAUGUCUGUUCACGAAGAUACAGAGAAUGAGGACGUGUGCAAAAACCCUGAAGCAAAGACAAUGGAAUGUAAGCCUUUAUGUCUCUCAAUUCAAGCUAAAUAUGGCACGUGUCAUGUUCUUGUUUUGGUGGAAUUUUCACCAAGCACUAGGACAACAGAUCUAGAGAAGCUUUUUGAGGACUUUAGAGACUGAGGAGUUGUUAUUCGCUGGGUCAAUGAUACAACAGCCCUUGCAGUAUUUCAAACACCAUCUAUCAAGAGAUCCCACUUCCUGAUUGUGGUAGUCUAGAUAUUUGCAACUAUAAAUCGCCUGAGGGUUCUAGGACAGUGCCUUUCUGCGACUGUUUACAGUUCAGACGGAAGUAUUGAGAUAUGGAUCAUGAAACAAUUUAAACUUUUAGGAGUCAAGGAUCAAAGAUUAUGUCAUUGGAGCACAUCUACCACCGUAGUCGAGUCCAUGGAAGAAGUCAACACAGCGAAGGAGCUGUUCAAGUUGUCUGUACCCUGAAGAAUGGAGAGAAUUUUUCUGCAGUACAUGAAUGGAGCAUUGGUCUUGUACAACUUUGAAAAUGAGACCUGAGUUCAAAGAUCUGGUCAUACCAUGGUUGCCAAAAUGAUUUUGCACACUCGUCCAUAUGUUGAAAGUUUAUUAUCGUUUCAGGAAAUUCAGAGUAAUGAACCCCGGAUUUAGCUCAUAUUCAUGUAACUAAUGAAUAUAACUAUCCAUGACAGAUUCCAUCCAACAUAGAAACCUUCAAACAGUUGAAAUGUUUAUUCAACAUUCACACUACAUAAUAGAAACGGGCACACCAAAUACACCAUCAUUCGUGAGUCAUAACAUGCUCGGUAUGUACAUUAUUGUUUACAUUUUAACCAAAAGGGAAUUCAAGGGAAGGACUUGUCUGAACUCACUUUUAGGACGUCACAUUCAAUACAGAUGCCUGAUUAUCAUUUUAUCAAUGAUCGAUGCUUGGCAAUUAUUUGAACAAAUAUAGCCUAUCCAACGAAAAGCACGCAUGGAGAAUGCUAUCAUUUCCAUUACUAGAAUUUCCUUUGAACCAAACCGGCCAUGGAUGUCUUCUGUUUUGCUGAGUUACCUGCAAAGUUAGAAAAAUGGGAAAAGGACGACAAAGAAAAAGAAAACAAGAUAAAAAUUGGUGAUCAGAAGAAAUGCUAAUCGACGGAACAAUUAAGAAAAAGUAACCCCUAUAGAUAAUUUCAUAUGAUCGUGGUGAAGAAUGGAAAAAAUUUCACUAUUUCAACAUUGAAUCAUGGAAUGGGAUUCGAUUUUUGUUUGAUGCUUGGGCUAAGCAUGACAUACUUACGAGUGGGAAGGCACCUGAA